UUUCAGUCAUAUUUAUAGAUUAUCAUUGAUUAUCUCAACGAGAUUGAUUUUCUCGCUUGAGCUGGUACAGUUGAGAUGACCAAUGAUAAUCUGUUUAUCGCUAUUUUACCUAUGACGACGUUGUCAGUUUCAAUGUCAAUUUCGUUAGCAACGCCACAUGACCUCCUUAGUUUCUAGCGAUAAUGUUUCCAUCUCAAGCAAUAAGCAUGAUAUGAAAAUAAUCACAAAAAAAAGAUCAAAGUAAAAAUGUACAAAAUAGCGAUAAAUACUGAUAAUGAUGCAGCAACAUCUGAGCCAGACUUGAAGUUGAGUUUGGAAACCUUCAGAAAAAAGAUGGCCAGAACCAUGUGAAGACAAAUCAACAAGCUUGUGUAAUAUUUCAAAGAGUUACAAAGAAUUGCAAAAGAAUGAAACAAAACAAUAUAUAGUGAGGUGCUUUAUGUAUGCCAUUAAGGGAUGUGACAAAGAAGAUGACAUUAAGAUUGGGCUGCAAAGAAUUGUACCACAUAUUUUGGGAUCACAUGAUUGAAGGUUUAAAGGUUAAAUUGAAUAAUUUAGUGCAAAAAAUGAUUGGUAGAAGUAAUUCUUUAAAUGAUCUUGGAUCUAGACAGUCAAAUGAAAGCUUUAACCAGCUUGUAUCUGUAAAGGCACCUAAAUCAAGGUAAUUUGUAUGUGGUAUUUGCAUGUCAGUCCACAUUCUUAAGCAACAAUAAAUAUAAGUAUAAAAAAUAUGUUGUAUGAUUACCAAUAAGACAACUCUAUACAAGAGACCAAAUGACACAGGAAUUAACAUCUAUGGGUCACAGUUUAUUUUAUUUUAACUGCUUGCUUCCAGGAAUCAAUUUCCUGACAUAUUUUCUUUUUUUGAGUUUCGAGGUUGAGUUCAAUAUCUGAAACUUCCAAAUUUGGCUGGUAUUUGCAAGUUUACAUUUAGUCAAUGGGAGAUAACUCUGACCACAUAAUGUUUAUUCUUAUUUUUGUGGGAUAAACAUUAAAUUGAUUGAUUUUUCCAGAUUUAUUAGGAAUCUUUAUUUCAACUGAUAGACUAGUUUUGAUAUAGCUAGAUACUGUUAAUUCAGAUAUUAUCGCAUGCAUUCAUUAUUGUGAUUUUUGAAGAAUGGACAAAAAUGCAAGAUUUAUUAUUGCAAUUCAUACUGAUUUUUGUAUCAGAUAUCAGAAUACAAUUUCUAAUUAUUGCCAUACUCACUAAGUCGCAUUAAUUGCAUUAAUAACAAUCUUUAAGACAUUUUUAUCUUACAUGUAUUACAUGUACAUGCAUAGUUUAAAGUAAAGCAAAUUUAUAGUUGCUGCAUCUUCCGAUCUUAAUUAUUUCUUAUAUUGUCAGAUUUUAAUCAUUUAUCCCCCUUAUUUUUACUUCAGAAGCCCAAAAUAAGAAAACAACUGCAUGCAUGAUAUUUAAUGCCAAUAUUAUUUCUUUUACAGGUAUUAACAUUAAAAAAUACAGUUAAAGUUAACCACAGACUGGAAAAUCUUGUUGUGAAUCUAAAAUUGCCCACAUGAGAACAAAGAUGAAAACCGUUGUGGCUUCAGGAAAAAACAUGAUAACUGACAAAGAUAUGAAAGUUACUAUUGAUGAAGGGUCAAGUGUUGUUGGUUGUCAGGAUCAAGAACUAUUUAGAUAUAUUUUGUACAUCCAUCAAGUUGUUAUUGAAGACAAAAUUACACAGAUACCACCAUUCCACAGAAUAUGGAAUUUGGACAUUGAUGGGUUAGAGUUAAAGCCAUCUCAUAUUACAAUUGAGGAUGAAGAUAUCUUUAAUAUAAGGCCAUCUGAUAUGAUCAAUUUGCUGCUAUCAAAAGUAUAUGAAGGAAAUGAUCAUGCUAGAAUUAAAAAUCUGAUACAAUUAUCAACUGAGAAAAGUAUGGAAAUAGAUGUCCCAGUGAAUGUAUUUGAUGAUGAUACCAGUGCAAAUAGAUCCAAGAAAUGGAAUCCAAUAAAUGUGUGGACCUUGCAUGGUGGUAUUCCUGCUAAAAUAAAAAUGGCAAACAAUUCUCAUCAUUUUCUUGGUGUUACAUCAGGAGAUGCUAAAUCUCUAGCAACACCUUAG